AUGCAAAUCUUUGUUAAGACCCUUACAGGAAAGACCAUCACUCUCGAGGUAGAAUCCAGUGACACCAUUGAGAAUGUCAAGGCCAAGAUUCAAGAUAAGGAGGGAAUCCCCCCCGAUCAGCAGCGCCUGAUUUUUGCCGGAAAGCAGCUUGAGGAUGGACGUACACUUUCCGACUACAAUAUCCAGAAGGAGUCUACUCUUCAUCUUGUACUCCGACUCCGUGGUGGUGGCAAAAAGAAGAAGAAGAAGAACUACACCACUCCAAAGAAAAUCAAGCACAAGAGAAAGAAGGUUGCCCUUUCUAUCCUCAAGUACUAUCAAGUCGAUGCCAACAACCGCAUUGUUCGCUCCCGCCGUGAAUGUCCCAAUGAGUCCUGUGGAUCUGCUAUCUUUAUGGCCAAGCACGAAGAGCGUCAAUAUUGCGGAAAAUGCCAUAUGACUCUCAUUACCAAAGCUUAA